CUCUUCAGAGACUCUGUCACCGGGUGACAUCGCAAAGAUGGUCACUUAAAAUUUUAAAAGUCAAAACUUUUCAACCGUUAUGACCCAAAAGCAAGUCAAAAUCGGUAAAAGCAAGAAAUGUCGGAAAGUGAAACAAGUGGAAGAUGAGUACGAGAGCCGCGGCACUCGCAGGCGGGCGCUGCUGCUGAGCAGCGACGAUGUCGAGCGAAUGGCGGUGGAGAGCUCGCGGGCGAGGCUGAUCAACCACUUAGUCAGCAAGUCGGAAGACCAUUCUCAUAGAGAGCCUGCGGCCUACUGCCGCAGGUCCAACAAAUAUCAAGUUCCAUCCAGCUCGGUCACUCACUCGUCACAUGCCAACAGAGUGCCCAUUCCGAAAGCACCGUACGUAAUCCCUGCCUACCAGUCUCUCGUCCAGCCGCCACGGUGGUGCCCACAAUCAAUGAAAACCUCACCUCAAGGUUCUUAUACAGAAAGAAUGGAAAUUCCCCCGUACAUAUGCAAAUGUGCAAACUGCACAUCAAUGAACUGUCCCGGCAGGAAGGGCAACGGCUCCAACUCGCGGAAGUUUAAGGGCAACAUCACGACCUUCUGCGACCAGUGCACCAUGACGCCGAAUGUGCACGAUGUGGCGUGCGGUCGGACUCCUUUACUCUCCAGUCCGAUAUAUUCCGAUACGGUAGCGCCAUGUUGUUCAUCUAUGUUCGGUCUCAUAGAUGACCACUGUAAGAACACGCACGGCCGGAGUGGCCCCUCACCAAUCCUAAAGAGAGGUUGCAUGAACUGCGCGAAGAAGAAAACAUUUUGUGAUUUCGACCCGUGCAAAACCAAGUCUGUAAAAUGUUUUUUUAAAAAAGAACGGGACGAGUCUUCUGAUUGCGAAGAAAUAAUUUCGAGGAGGAAUAUUUACAAUGAGGGUAUCAGCGACAUGGUCACAGGUCGUUCAGCUCCGUGUCCCAGGACUGUGCCCUGUUCCCCUCGAUGUAGCAGCAGGACUUCAGUAACGAGCUCCUCCAGGAACAGCAAUAUUCCUCACUCGCACAGGAACGAAUCCAGAUAUCACAAGCAUUGCGUAGAUCCGCCUGACGGGGUAUAUGUUCAGGACAACUUCACGGAGACGACGAGGGGGCCCUACACGUUCGCGAUCCCGAAGCUGGUGGCCAGGAGGACGUGUGGAGCCAAGCCCUGCAGGCGGCACUCUCCGGUGAUGCACAACAUCAAGAUGCCGAAGAAGGUGCUGAUGUCGGAGCGAGUCCUGGACCACGGCACGGAGAGGAUCCCUUGCAAUAAAAUGCCGUGUCGGAGAAAAUGAACAACGAUUAGAUUCGACUCGUUGGUAAUCAAGUUCAAAUGAUCAUGUUCAAAUGGAAUAAAUCGGAAAUCAUGGUUAAUUUAUUAAA